AUGGCCGACAAGCAGGAAUUCUCUGCUGACAAAGAAUUCAUCGACGAGAAGUUCGACAUCGAGCGUCAGUCCGUCGUCCUCGAGGAAGAGGAGAACUCUCCCAUUCCCGAGGUCGCCGCCAUUGUCUCCAACAAGGAUGACCCCACCAUCCCCGUCAUGACCUUCCGUUACUACCUCAUGGCUGUCGUCUUUGCCUGCAUCCUCUCCUUCUUCAACCAGUUCUUCUGGUUCCGUACCCACCCCAUGACCAUCUCCACCUUGGUCAUCCAGUUGCUCUCUUACCCCUUCGGAAAGUUCUUGGCUCGCGUCCUCCCCGCUGGUCGCCUCAACCCCGGUCCCUUCAACAUCAAGGAGCACGUCUUGGUCGCCUUGACUGCCAACUGCGCUGGUGGUGUUGCAUACGCUGUCGAUAUCACCGUCAUCCAGAGGGUCUGGUAUGAUCAAGACUAUGGUUUCCUUGCCAACUUGUUCCUCAUCCUUACCACCCAGAUGUUGGGUUACGGAAUGGCCGGUGUUCUCCGUCGCUACCUCGUCUACCCCGCUGCCAUGAUCUGGCCCGCCAACUUGGUCCAAGUCGCCUUGUUCAACACCCUCCACAAGGAUGAAGACCUCCUGCCCGGCCAGUGGUCUCGCUUCAAGUUCUUCUGCAUUGCCACCGUUGCCAUGUUCUUGUACCAGUGGAUCCCUGGUUUCCUUUUCCCCGUCCUCUCCUCCAUCGCCUGGGUCUGCUGGAUCAAUCCCAAGAACCACAUUCUCUCGACCAUCGGUGGUGACCGCGGUCUCGGUGUCGGUGCCAUCUCUCUCGACUGGAACAACAUUGUUUCUUUCUUGGGUUCUCCCUUGAUCGUUCCCUGGUGGGCUCAGGUCAACAUUGCCAUGGGUUUCUUCUUGAUCGCCUGGGUCAUGGUCCCCAUUGCCUACUUCACCAACCUCUGGGAGGCCCAGCGUUUCCCCAUCCUUACUGCCAAACUUUUUACCACCGAGGGUGACACAUUCGAUACCAAGUAUGUCCUCGAGAAAGGCACCAUCAACAUGGUCAAGUACGAGGAGCAGGGUCCCCUUCGCAUUGCUACCUUCUUCGCUCUAACCUACGGUAUCGGUUUCGCUGGUCUCUCGUCCAUGAUCACCCACACUUGGUUGUACCAUCGCCACAAGUUGGUUGCCCAGUGGAAGCAGUCUCGCACUCAGUCCGAGGAUAUUCACCACAAGCUCAUGCAGGCCUACCCCGAGGUUCCCGACUGGUGGUACGGCGCCCUGUUCGUUAUCAUGACCGCCAUUGCCCUCUUCACCUGCGAGUACUACAAAUACAUGCCCUGGUGGGCUGUCCUUUUGGCCAUCCUCAUCGCCGUUGUCUUUGCCCUCCCCGUCGGUCUCAUCCAGGCCUUGACCAACCAGCAGCCCGGUCUUAACAUUAUCACAGAGUACGUUAUUGGUUACAUCCUCCCCGGUGAGCCCAUCCCCAACGUUACCUUCAAGACCCUUGGUUACAUCUCCAUGGCUCAGGCUAUGCUGUUCACCUCGGAUCUCAAGCUCGGUCACUACAUGAAGGUUCCUCCCAAGGCUAUGUUCUGGGCCCAGCUCCUCGGUACCUUCAUUGCCGGUCUCGUCAACUUGUUGACAGCCAACUGGCUCUUGGGCUCUCAGGAGGGUAUCUGCACUGAUAAAAACAAGCACUUCCAGUGCCCCUCGGCCAACACCUUCUUCUCUGCCUCGGUCAUCUGGGGUGUCAUUGCUCCCAACCUGAUGUUCGGUCCCUCCUCGAUCUACAACGCCAUCAACUACUUCUUCUUGAUCGGUUUCGUCCUCCCCAUUCCAUUCUACUACCUCAAGAAGGCCUUCCCCAACACCUGGAUGGACUUCAUUCACAUCCCCGUCCUGUUGGCAGCCACCGGAAUGAUGCCUCCCGCUCAGGCUUACCAUUACACCAAUUGGUUGGCUGUCGGUUUCGCCUUCCAGUUCUUUGCCCGCCGCUACCACCCCGAAUGGCACUUGCGCUUCACCUAUGUCUUGUCGGCUGCCUUUGACUCUGGUGUCGCCUUCAUGGUUCUCGCCUCCUUCUUCAUCUUCACCAUCCGCGAGAAGGAUAUGGUCAAAUGGUGGGGUAACCCUGCGGCCCCCAUCUGCCGUCUUGAUUCUUACCCCUUGAUCUCCCCCAAGAGCGGCAAGGUCGAUCCUUGGGCCCCUGACCCCUCCGCUGAGGAUGCUCCCAUGUACGUCUUCCCCAAGGCCUACUACGCCUCCCCCGAUGCCCGCCCUUAA